AUGGUCGUCUACGACAACCAUGAGAUUUUGGCUGCCGAGGAGAGGCGGUUGAAGGAAGACCGCCACCGCACCAAGUACUGGAAGAAGUGGGGCUCUUAUCUGCCCGAGAGGCAAUGGGCUACAGUCCGAGAGGAUUACAGCGCCGACGGUGACGCCUGGAGUCAUUUCCCCCACGAUCACGCACGUUCCCGGGCCUACAGAUGGGGCGAAGAUGGCAUCGCCGGAGUCUGCGACACACACGGCCUCCAGAAUAUUGCUUUUGCCUUUUGGAACGAGAAGGAUCCCUUCCUCAAGGAGAGACUCUUCGGCCUGUCCAACCCACAAGGAAACCAUGGCGAGAGUGUCAAAGAGGCCCAUUUUCACUUGGAUAACACUCCUCACUCCUACAUGAAGUUUCUUUACAAGUAUCCCCAAUCCGAGUUUCCCUACGAUGACCUACGAGAAGAAAAUGCAAGGCGGGGCAAAGAGGACAAGGAGUACCAGAUUCUCGACACUGGCUGUUUUAAGGACGACAAGUACUGGGAUAUCAUCAUCGAGACAGCCAAAGAGGACGAUGACCCUGACGAGCUGCUCUUUCGAGUGACUGCUUGGAACCGUGGCAAUGAGCCCAAGCCAAUCCACAUCGUGCCUCAUGUGUGGUUCAGAAACACUUGGGCUUGGGGUCGCGAGCCCGAGGAGAAUAAACCCUCGAUCAAAAUGCACUCUGAGAACAUGGCCAAGUCGCAACACCACUCCCUGGGGGAUAGGUACUUCUUGCUGUCUCCUUCCCCAGGCGUUGGCCCAAGUGGGGAUGACGUGGACCCUCAGAUGCUCUUCACCGAAAAUGACACCAACUUCGAACUUCUCUAUGACGGAGAGAACCCGCAACCCUAUGUAAAGGACGCUUUCCAUAGGUUCAUUGUGGAUGGUGAGAAGGACGCAGUGAAUCCCGCCCAGCAGGGAACGAAAUGCGCGGCUUGGUUUCCAUUCAACGAGGCCGGUGGCGUCCCGCCCGGAGAGUGUGCUGUCGUCCGUUUCCGAUUUAGCAAGAAGGAGAACACCUACCUCGACGAAGAGGACUUUGAUGACAUUAUCGAGCGCCGCAAGGACGAAGCCGACGACUUCUACUACAAAAUCAGCCCCUUGCCCAUGUCAGAUGAUCUGCGCAACAUCCAAAGACAAGCCUUCUCGGGCAUGAUGUGGUGCAAGCAACAUUAUCUGUUCAUCUGGGAUCAUUGGGCUAAUGGCGACCCAACCCAGCCACCACCUCCGCCAAAUAGGAAAGCCAUCAGAAAUUCGCAAUGGAGGCACAUGCAUUGCGAUGACAUCCUCUCAAUGCCAGACUCGUGGGAAUACCCUUUCUUCGCAGCUUGGGACAGCGCUUUUCACUGCAUCCCCCUGGCCAUGAUCGACCCAGAUUUCGCCAAGAAACAGCUCGACUUGUUCACUCGAGAGUGGUAUUGUCAUCCAAAUGGGCAGCUUCCUGCCUAUGAAUGGAAUUUUGGAGACGUCAAUCCGCCAGUCCACGCCUGGGCGACGUUCCGCACAUUCAAGAUUGAGCGAAAACUGUACGGCCGGCAGGAUCUGGAUUUCCUGGAGCGUGUGUUCCAGAAGCUACUCCUCAACUUCACUUGGUGGGUGAACCGCAAGGAUGUGGAUGGCAAGAAUGUGUUUGAAGGCGGGUUCCUCGGCCUGGACAACAUCGGUCUGUUCAACCGGUCAGACCCGCUGCCAACAGGUGGUACUCUAGAGCAAGCGGACAGCACGGGUUGGAUGGCGUUCUACUGCCUCUGCAUGCUUAACAUCAGUCUUGAGCUUGCUAAACAUCGGCGCACCUAUGAAGACAUUGCCUCAAAGUUCUUUGAGCACUUUAUCCUCAUCAGCGACGCCAUGACAUUUAGAACCGGACAGAAAGAUGAGAAAUCGCUGUGGAACGACGACGACGGCUUCUACUACGAUGCAAUCUCAUGGGGUGGGCCUUGGAUUCAACAGUUGCCAGUCCGUUCUCUGGUCGGUUUGAUCCCGAUGUACGCCACUCUGACUCUCGAGCCAGAGCUGAUCAACAAGCUUCCUUCUUUCAAGAGGAGGCUGGAAUGGUUCAUGGCCAACAAGUGCGAUGUCGCGGAGCGAAACAUGCACAGUAUUCGCAAGCGCGGAAAAGGAAACCGUAUUCUCUUGUCCAUCGUGAGCAAGGACCGCCUAGAAAAGCUCUUGAAGCGUAUGCUGGAUGAGGACGAAUUUUUGAGUCCCCAUGGCAUCCGAUCCCUGUCCAAAUAUCACGAGAAGCACCCUUACUCCAUGGAUGUCAAUGGGCAGCAAUUCCGGGUUGGCUAUGUCCCGGGAGAUUCUGACAGUGGUCUGUUUGGAGGAAACAGUAACUGGCGGGGCCCAGUCUGGCUCUGCGUCAACUUCCUUCUCAUUGAGUCACUUCAGCGAUACUACCUGUUCUUUGGGCAGAGUCUGCAAGUCGAGUGUCCUGUUGGAUCUGGAGACUAUAUGCAUCUAGGCCAUGUAUCGGAAGAGCUUCAGCAUCGGUUGCAGCAUCUCUUCACGAGGGACAACGACGGCCGCCGAGCUAUCAAUGGCGGCGACGACACCCUCGAUUUCGAUCCUCUGUGGAAAGAUAACAUGUGGUUCCACGAAUUUUUCGAUGGAGACACGGGCCGUGGUCUAGGAGCCACGCACCAGUGCGGCUGGACGGGUUUGAUUGCUAGACUGAUCCACGACACAGGUGUCACUUGCCGCCUUCCACAAACGCCACGCACACCCUCGGUCGGCAUGGCCCACUACUUUGAUGACGUGUUUAGCCGACAAGUCAUGCCGCGGUCGCCAUCGAUGCCUCGGAUCAGGCGGUCUUCAACAGCCCGGUCAAUAGGUGCCCGGAGUGAUUUCGAUGCCAGCGAGGCUAACGGUUACGAUGAUGAGCACGAUGGUCACAGUACUAGUGGUAGUGUUAUCCUGAGUGAUGAUCCGCAGCAACUCCGGGAAAAGAAAGAGGCGGAUGAGCACAUGCACAACUACAUCGCUGAGCAGCUCGAGAGGGUCAAGAGUGAGCAAACAAGUAACGGAUAUGACAAGGGCGACGAAUUUGAGGCUCGAGCCUAA